AUGGUGGGUUCUUUCAGUGCAAACAAGGAAAUACUCAAAAUAAUUUUUAAUCGAAGUCAACCGUUUACUCAAAAUAUCCAGAAAUGUUACAGCUCAUCGAAAAAACCACCAACUUUUGCCUUGUUUAAACCGCGGAAGGCCAGUCUGAUUAACCUCAAACUGAAAACAGCAUCAAAUUCUCCUUUUAAGAGAAGGGCAUUGCCAAAGUUCGGCAACGAAGUCAGUGCGGUCCAGAUAAGUUGUAAAAGUACAGCCGAGAGCACUGCAUGUGCUAAAAAUAAAGUUGAAUCGUCAUGCGAAAAGAAGGAGCCUCCUCCGCCUAAAAAAACCUGUGCUGAAGAAAAACCGAAACCAUCAUGUAAUAAAAAAGAACCUCUUAAGGAAGAAAAAUCUCAAUCAUCAUGCGAUAACAAAAAGCCACCACCUUCACCUGCAAAAUCAUGUGUUGAAGUAAAACCGAAACCAUCAUGUAAUAAAAAAGAACCUAAGGAAGAAAAAUCUCAAUCAUCAUGCGAUAACAAAAAGCCACCACCUUCAUCUGCAAAAUCAUGUGUUGAAAAAAAACCGGAACCAUCAUGUGAUAAAAAAGAACCUCCUAAGGAAGAAAAAUCUCAAUCAUCAUGCGAUAACAAAAAGCCACCACCUUCACCUGCAAAACCAUGUUCUGAAGAAAAACCGAAACCAUCAUGUGAUAAAAAAGAGCCUCCCAUGCCUUCAAAACCUCUUAAAGAAGAAAAACCUCAAUCAUCAUGCGAUAACAAAAAGCCACCUUCACCUGCAAAACCAUGUUCUGAAGAAAACCUGAAACCAUCAUGUGAUAAAAAAGAGCCUGUUUUGUCUCAAAAAACAUAUGCACCAACUACCAAGCAAACACCGGCCUCUUCUUCAACUCCUAAGAUUUCUUCUCCGCUUUCUAGCGCCCAGAAAAAACAAUCUCAGACCACAACUAGUACCAUACCGGAGACUAAACCACGGGAUACUAUUUCCAGUAUGUUUAAGUCGCACAGCGAUAUUGAUACUUCCAAGACGCUUAAGACGCCACCACAAACUACCAUUUCAAGCGCAGCUGUGUCACAAAACAAUAUUAAAAGUACCAUCUUCCCUGCAAAAUUACCUCGUACCACUAAAUCUAGCGCACCUCAAACAACGGCUAUAACCACUCCAAAAACAUUACCCCUAACAGGUUUUUCUGAAAUUCCUAAAACGGACUCAACAAUCAAGAUUAUCAACACACCUAGGAAAAAAACUAAAACUUCUGAAUUCAAAAUAUCUAAGAAAACCACGCCUUUAGAGUCAACUAUACAAUCCAAAACGACGGUUUUUAGCGAGCCAAAAACCAAACAUGAAAUUACAACUUCUACCGUUUCAAAAACAAGUUCAAUCAUGACGCCACCAUCUUUAAACCAGCUACCGAGGUUUGAGCGAAAAAAAUCUUCUGUAACUACACCCGCCAAUCCUCCAAUUGAAAGAGGUUUCGUAGAAAUUCCGAAAAAAUCUCCACUACCAAAAGACCAACAAUUUUCAAGGAUUAUCACUUCAACUAGCAAGAAUUUACCCAAAUCAACGAAAGAUGAAUCUAAGGUACACGCUACAGGUAACGAUUCCAAACCGAUUUCAUCCAAUGCCUUCCAGCUACCUCGACCGUCCAAAGCAGUUACCAAAGAGACAUCUGAAUCCUUGAUACGCCAAGGAUUGAAGAAGAAAUCUAAAGAUACUAUUUCUAGGUCACAGAGCCCAGAAAAUACGAAUUUCUCUUGGAAGCACCCAAUAUCACCGAAUCGGUUUGUUGAAGAAGCAAUGAAAAAUAAGCAAACGAAUACAAAUACUAGCGAAGACCUUAUGUUAAAAGAAUCGCUACAACGACUGGAAUUUGAGCUAAAACGAAAAAACGACAUAUUUGAGAGGCUAUUAAAAACUAAUAAGAAAGCUAAAGAUACUAUUCCCGGGAAGCAACACUCUUACGCUGACAAAAAAUCAGAUAUCUCGAAAACCGAUAUUAACAAAAAGGAAGAAUCUGAUUUAAAAGUCGAUAUUAUCAAGAAAACCGAUACUGGAAAGAAAAUUGAUGUUGAAAAAAGAAAAUUGUCCGCUGAAGAAUCUAAUAAAAAAAAUAUCGACUUUAUUUCACGUAAUCCAAAUGACGAAACUUCAAAGCGUCCUCAGUCAACGGAUACACAAAAUCCAAAACCACCGGCAACAACACCAUAUAUUCUCGAAGACGCAACGAAUUCUAAUACUAGCGAAGACCAUUCGUUAAAAGAAUGGGUAUUUGAGUUAAAACGAAAAAACGAUCUAGUUGAGAGAAUAUUAAAAACAAAUCCAACCGAUGAGAUAAAAAUUCGGUUAUACGUGAUCCAUGACAACAAAAAUAAUCCUAAGAAUCCUAAGAACCCGCCGGGAUCUAGAGGUAUGCAUACAUAUGCAACACUGAAUCCAAUCAUCAACGAUCAAUACCUAAAAAAAUACCAACAAUUUAAACCAAAUAAAGAAAAUAGUGUCCAGACGAUAAAAAAAGGACAAUGA